AUGGCGAGGUCAUAUCUAAAAGAUAGUAAGGGUGGUUUUGUUAAACAUCGUCCGGCCAAAUAUUCUUUUUGUAUAAAACAAGAUGAUUGGGAUAAAUUUGUAGCCCAACAUAUGACUGCAAAGUUUCAGAAAGUUAGUGAUGAGAAUCGAGAAAGAGCGUUAAAUCCUCAACAUCCCUAUAGAAAGUCACGUUUAGGGUGUGCUCGUCUUGAAGCUGAUAUGGUAAAAGAGUCAGAAGUUGGUGAGAUAAACCGUAGUCAAGUGUGGAAGGUUGCCCGCGUCAAUAAGAGCGGGGUGAUUGAUAAUGAGAAUGUUCAAAGAGUUGUGGAUCAAUGUGAGAAGUUAACAGAAGCUCUAUCUGAAGAAGAGAGACAAGACCUUGGGACAUAUUACCACGCCAAAAUCGCCCCCACACAAAUGGAUUUUGAAAAAUUGUAUGGCUUUUGUAAUUCACUCAAAAGUAGAUUGGAGGUGCUAGAGAGAGAAAAGAUUGAGAGAGAUAAGUUGGAUAGAGAGAAGCUAGAGCGGCAACAAACUGAAGAAGUGGAAGAAAGGCAACAACCUAAACAAGUGUCAGAGAGGUUGCAACAACCUGAAAAAGUGGCACAGAGGCAACACCUUGAACAAGUGGUAGAAAGGAAACAACCAGAAAAAGUAGCUGAGAGUCGACUACCUAGUGAUAAAGGUUCUUGCAACCCUGGAUCAUUUGGAAACAUUCCCGAGGGUCUCUUUCCUGUUAAUAUAUAUUUAUCCUCCCCGAGUCGUUGUUUGGUUGCUCGUGGAAAACUAUAUAACACCAAAGGUAACACGGUACAUGGCAUGACGUUACCACCUGGAUAUGUCAAGGUUAAUAUCGAAGUUGCUAUUGUGCCAAAUGUCCCAUUGCCUAUAUCUGUUGAAGAUGGAGAUGUAUCCAUGGUUGGUCAAGCAAUAGGAACAAUUGUGCCAUGGCCAACGAAACUUCUUGAAUUUGUUGCUGAAUGUGAAAAGAUUCCUGGUCAAUCCCAAAACAAAGGUAACAAUAUUCAACACAGUGUUGAAUAUUCAGUUUCAUCACCCAACAAAAGUAACAAAAAAUUCAAAAUCGAAGAGUCGCCUAGAGUUGGCGGUUCAGCUGGUAUUGCAAAUUUACCUUUCCUUGAUAUGUAUGUGAAAAAGAUGAUGAGGGUUGGAUCAUUAAUUCAAAUAAAAAUGGAGGAAAGUAUAUUUGGUGAGGAGUUUUUAGAGCAACUACGUGUAGAGAGUAUAAAGGAGAUUCUUGAUCACAAUUGGUUAAGUGCAUCUAUUAUCACUGUAUUUUCCAGGUAUUUGUAUGACAAGUUUAUUAGUCCAAAUGGAUUAAUAAAUAAGUUCUCUUUCAUAUCUCCACAUGUAUCACGGGAGGAUAAUCUAGGAAAUGGUAUAGCAAAAAUACUUUUGAAAGAUGAGGAGUUCAAGGAUAAGAUGAUUCUUGCACCUUGUAAUCUAGGGAAACAUUGGGUGUUGCUUGUCAUCAAUCUCAAUGCUGAGGUGAUAUAUUACAUGGAUCCGUUGAAUGGUGAGCCAACAAAACAUCAAAAUUUUAAAACAAAGUUUGAGAACGCUUUGCAAAUUUAUCGUGCUAAUAGUAGUUCUAAAGUGCCUAAAGUGUCAAAGUCAAAGAAAAUCUCAUGGAAAAAAAUAAAGUGUCCUCGUCAAAUUAAUGGCGUUGAUUGUGGAUACUUUGUAAUGCGAUUUAUGAAAGAGUACUUUUUUGACCACAAAUGUCGUACCUACUCUCAUGAUAAGUUAACUGAGGUUAAGGAGGAUUGGGCUACUUAUGUGGUGGAUGAUGUUUUCGAGUUCAAAUGUUUUGACUUAGAUGUUUAA